AUGUGCUUGUUGGCUGUCGGUUUGCCCAGUCAUGUUGGAAUCUCUCUGCAUUUAUUCUUCUAUCUUCUUGGUGUGGACGAUUUCAGCAGCUGGUUUUUCAACCUUUUGGACAGCAAGCAUUCAGAGGUGAUAGUCGAUGCUGCUAUGAUAUCAUGGAGCAUAUGGAAGACUCGUAAUGAAGUCUUCUGGCAGAACAAAAAUUGUACAGCGUUGGGUGUAGUCCAGUCGGCACGAAAGGCUCUUGAUCAAUGGCGCGUUGCAACUAAGAACACAGCAGCUACAUUUGCUACUGGUGUUCUCUCUAACAGCAACAUUUGGCGCAGACCUUUGAGUGGUAAGAUCAAGGUAAAUGUUGACGGUGCUAUCUUUGAAACUCAACGAAUGUUUGGUUUUGGUUGUGUGGCGCGUGAUCAUACGGGGCAACUUUUAGAAGCAAUCUCGGAUUCGAAAUUUGGUGUGGUGUUGCCCGAAAUUGCUGAAGUUGUUGGCUUGAAGGAAGCUUUAAGCUGGAUUAAGAGGAAAGGGUGGGAGGAUGUGUUCAUAGAGACUGAUUCGUUAAUGAUUGUUCAAGCAAUAACUAGCUCAGUUCAUAUGCCUUCUUACUUUGGUUUGUUGGUGGAGGAUUGUCGCUUGAUUUUGUCCUCUUUAAAGAAUGUUUUUAUUUCCUUUGUGUAUCGAUCUGCUAAUAAGGCGGCCCAUUCUCUUGCUCGGGCGUCUUGUUCUUUGUCAGGUUGUUUGUUUAAUGAGCGUAGUGCUCCUUUAUUUUUAAAGAACAUUGUAAUGGCUGAGGCUAUUCCUUAA